AUGGGUGAAGCCCUCCUACAAUGGGAAUUUGGUGAGACAGGUUUCAACCUAGAUUCCUCUGACGACUCUGCCAAUCUUCUUCAAGAACCUCCCAGGUCAGACACGUUUGCCUAUAACAACCAUAGCGAGAGCAUUUUUGACGAUUACCGCUAUUUCCCUGGACUCAAAAAGGAUCACGAGUCUGUGGUGAAAUUCGACGAGAACAAUGAGGAUUUCAUUAAUCAUGCUACAUUGAAGGCGCUAAUUGUCCAGCUUACGUCUCCCGAGGUGAUCGACUACAAUUUGAUAUGUGAUUUCUUCUUGACAUUUAGAACAUUCACUGACAGCCACACCGUGCUCAACUUAUUGCUCACAAGACUAAUAUGGGCUCUUCAAUACAUUAAUACUCAGGCAGAGGAGACUCAGCACAUUGGUCAGCUUGUGUUACUUCGAACGUUUGUUGUGUUGAGACACUGGAUUCUCAAUUACUUUCUCGAUGACUUUGAUUUCGACCCAAAGCUCGGCGACACGUUCGUCUAUUUUAUGAACCUGAUCACCAACGAAUCGAAUCUUGUGCGUGAAGAUAUGGUGUUUGAGCGAAAGAUCAUCACAGACUUGAAAACACACUGGAUUUCAAAGAUUUCAGAGUUCUAUAGCACCACACUAUCUCAUGAGCAGCACGUCUUUUCCCUUACACUCCCGAUGCUCUCAGAGCUGGUCAACUUCAGGAAGUUGACGAAACUGAGCACGCAAACGUCGCUUCGGACUAAUCCCUCCUUCAGACGCUCGGCAAUGCUUUCCCUUUAUGAUCAGCGUGCUCACUACAAGUGCCUUAUACACGAUGAGUCAAACGUUAACGAUGAAAACCCACAAUUAUCGAUCACCAACCUUUUGGCGCAGCAUAAGUCGUCGAGAACUUCUUUGAACGAUAAGCUCUCUGAGUUUCAAGGCAGAAAUUGUCGCAAACUGGGCCGCAAGCCCUUGGCUACCCUGAAGCAACAGAACACAACGAAGCAUAAUUAUAAGAAUCUCAAAGACUCCUCGUUGGCAUUGAAGAAAACUACCGAUCACCCAGAACAACAAGAAAACAAGUCUGCCUUUUCUUCAUCAGGCUUUUCCACUAAUGGUCAUGUGAAGCUACCCUCAUCUAAGGUAUCAACUAUUCUACCGCCCACCCCGGUAAAGAAGAUGGAUGUUACCCUCAAAAACUAUGCUAAUCGCUCGAACUCUAAGAAUAAAUCGCAUUCUUGCCUUGACACCCUGACUCAGAAUGAUAUUGACCGAAAAACUUCUAUCAAGAAGAUUGUUGAUGGAUGGAAAAAGUCCUUCAACGAUAAUAGACAUGAAAGCCCUUUUCAAAGUCCAAAAAAUCCCAGCACGAGUACAUUUCAAAGCAACACACCAAACGAGCCACAACGAGUGGAAGUCGGAAAUCGCGUAGACGUGUUAAGUGCUAGAAUCGUUGACGAACUUGAGUAUCUUAUCAACUACUAUAUCACCGAUCAGUCAAAUGCUAUCACUGAGGCAGAGGAUAUGGAUGAUAUUAGCCGAUCGGAAAUCGAUUUUCACAGCCCUAAACGUGACUCUUUCGUGGAGGUGAAUAUUGAGGAGGACGACAGGACAAGUAAGUCUCGUUCCCCAGGAAAACCUGAGGUUCAAGCUGAUAUCACGAACGAUAAUAUAUCCAUGCGUGACUUACCUGAUUUGAGUAUCGACAGGAUCGACAACUUCUUUAAGAGCAGUAUAAGCGCAGGGGAUAAACUGGCGGAUCAAAGGUCCAGGAGGCCAAAGGUGAACUCUUUUUACAAUGGGCAAAAUGAUUCAGGAACUUCCUCAUUUGGAAGGGUAGCAAGUCUCAAUUGGAAUGAUGAGGGAAAUCUUAACUUGGAACAUUCCGAGCAGCUAGAUGAGUCUCUCACAAACGACGAGGAGUUCAAAGAGGAUGCUCUUAGAGCCGAAAAAAUGAUAAGGUCUGGAACCCAAUAUUUUGAUGUCCCAAGUGAUCUCGAAAGCAAUGGCAAGUCACGGUCUUCGAUUUCGACUCCUAGUGAUAUUGGAAAUUACAACGAGGAGGUUGUUGAUUUGAACAUUGCCAUGAGCCCACAAUCAAUGAAAAGGACUGUGACUAUGCAACAAAUAAACAGACAGAGCUCAUCUAGCUUUUCUGGAAACAAACGUUUGUCGAUGAUUCUGAGGAACUCAAGUGGCUCAGCUUUUAAAAGAGACUCGAUCAAAUCAUACCUAAGCUAUGACUCAGCGUUUUCUGUCUCACGAAACGAAAUGAAAAUUGCAGAGGCUGGUGCGUUAAGAAAGAAGCAUGCAAUCCAGGACUUGAGAAAAAUAGCUCAGCAAGAAGGUCAUGACAAGGACUUCAUGGGCCCUAUUGAAAAUGAGAGCGGUGCUACACUGCAUUUGAAGUUGGCGAGAGGAUCAAGCUGUCUUUCUUCGGGGUCUUCGAUCCGCAAAAGUGUCAGAUUUAGCACUCUUUGUGCUCUUACCGAGUUGCCAUUCAAUACAUAUCGCGAUAGCUAUGCCUCUGGGUUUUUGCUUGAUGGUCAGAGUCAAUCGGGAAAGCUGUCAAAUAUUGAUGACAGUUCCGUCUUCUCUGUUGCAGGCAGAGAUAAAACCACCACUGAGACAAAGGUUGCACACAAAAGUACCAGCGACAACUCGUCAUCGAAUUCUGUCGCUAUACCAGGCAUCAGCAGUUACGUUUUGAAAGAACUAGCUGCUAUACCUGAUGAAUCGUUCAGUUCAACCAAUAACCCGAUCCAAUCAGCGCUUUCGAGAUUAGAAGGGAAGGUGAAGCUUGUUAAAUCCAAGUCAGGCUUCACAACAGCUAGACGAAGCGCCGCAGGGGAUGAUGGCGGAGGUAAUACCAGUGUGAAUGACAAGAUUCUGAGAGAUGACAAAUUCAAGAGUUCUAUCGAGGAUUCUUUUGAUGAUGACGAUGAACGCAGCGAGGAGUUCCACAAUAACACUGAAGAUAUAUUGGCUGAGAUUAAUAAUGCGGCUACUGAGGACGCUAUAGACUAUUCUUCGGAUGUUGAGAAGGAGUUGACGGAUAAACCUCUCACUCCUAUAAAGACGAGAGUAAGAUCUACACUCAAUGGUACGUCGUCAACGCCAAACAUGAACGCCUUGUUGACAAACGCCCCAAAUAGCGAGAACACCAGUCCAUUCUCCAUUUUGACACCGAAGGCACUUUUGGACCAGUACUCGUUAAGAUCGCAAAAUCUCACAAUUGAGAACGUCAUGAAAAGCUCGUCUCAUAUAUCAUUUGUUUUGAGUUACGACUCUAAAUCUUUAGCAGAGCACUUCACAAUGAUUGAAAAGGAUAUGCUUCAGGACAUUGAUUGGAAAGAGCUUAUUGAGCUCAACUGGAACAAGGAGCUCACUCCAGUGAACAGUUGGUUGGAGAUCAUUGUAAAUGAGAGUUACUAUACACAAAAUAAGGGUGUAAAUUUGGUGAUUGCAAGGUUCAAUUUGAUGGUAAACUGGAUCAUCUCCGAGAUUUUGUUGACUACUGAGGAAAGUGAAAGAAUUGCAAUCAUGUCUAGAUUCAUUCAUGUGGCUCACCACUCGCAAAUCUUGCAAAACUUCUCCACCUUGAUGCAGAUCAUUUUGGCCUUGACUAGCGAAAAAAUAAGCAAGCUUCGAGAGACUUGGAAAAAGCUACCACCAGGAGAUCUUCUUACAUUGAAAAAUUUGGAGGAGUUGACGUCGCCCUUCAAGAACUUCAUCAACAUUAGGCUCUGCACCAACCAAGUGAGACCCUCACUCGGAUGCAUACCGUUUGUCGGACUUUAUCUUUCGGACUUGAUAUUUAAUGCUGAGAGACCUAAGUUUGUGAAAAGACAGUCGAGCAAGCCGCUCAGCCCGCCAAUCAAGAUGGAGGAAGGAGAACAAGGGUCGCAAAGAACCCCAACUAUUGGGGAUUCCACGAGCAGCCUGGACAUAGAGACGGAUCAGGAGAGGCUCAUCAAUUUCUCUCGCUUCAGAACGUCUGUUCAUAUUGUCAAGUCAUUGUCCCAGAGCAUUGAAUGGUCAAGAAAUUACGAUUUCCCCGUGAAUGACGAGUUGCUCCGCAAGUGUCUCUAUAUCAAGUCACUUGACGAGGACGAGAUGAAUUUUUGCCUAAAGGUGCAUAAUGAUAUGACCGUCGGCAUUUAG